CUCUGUUUCACUCAAUGACACCAGCAUGGGAUGCUCAGGGCUGUUGAUUUUGGGUUUUGUCCUAAAUGUUGCUCACUCCUUGGAAAUUCUGGGUCCGAGUGGAGAGCCACUUCUUGAGGUCACACACAAUGUCACAGGAGUCCUGGGAGAGGACAUCUACCUGAGCUGUAUAUAUCUGGGCGAGAGCGACAUCCAGAGCGCUGAGUGGAGACGCCAGAGUAGUUCUAAAUUUAAAUCCAAGCGACUGGCAGGAUUUUUAAGUGGCAGGCCAUUUAGCCGUGAAGACUUCUCCUACCCAGACUCUUUGACCAACCUCACAGUUCAGAUGAAGGUGUCCAGUGUGGAGGCCGAGGGAGAAUACAUCUGCGAGUUUGAAUCAGAGGAGGAAUAUUAUUCUGACAGCGUAUUCGUCACUGUAGUAGCUCGGCCUGACAUACAGAUUGUGGUGAAUGCUGAGACCAUAAGCGGCACUCACUACCAGUCAGUGUCAUGCUCUGCAGUUGGUGGCCGGCCUGUUCCUAGGAUCAGCUGGUUGGUCGGUGGCCGUCCUCCCUCAGGUGACCCCUUCACUGUGAACGUGACUGAAACCAUACACUCAAACGGAACCUCCACUCUGAGCAGCAUCCUCCGCUUCCCCACCCACCUGCAGGACGAAGACAGCGUGACCUGCGUGGUUCAACACCCGACCCUCCCAAACCCCAAACUCACCACAGUGAGGGUGGAAACCUACACGAGGCCAAAUGUGACCAUUAAAGCAGAGAUGGUACAAGAAGGAGGAAGUGAGUUGUGGGUGGUCUCUUGCAUUUCAUCUGGAGGGAGACCUGACGCUGACAUCUCCUUGGCUUUGAACACCGACAAAGAGCUGCAGAGGGAGGACAGCCCAGACUCAGACAUGCAAACGAGCUCAGUCCUCCUCCCGGCAACCGAGUAUGAGGGGCAGAAUGUCACCUGUUUGUUUGACCACCCCAAAUUUGCACACAAAGAGUCACGAGUCAUAACACUGCCAUCUUUUUCUUUAUCCAGAGUUCAGUUGUUGAACUCAGAGCUGGAAAGCAAGAGUGAUGACUUCCAAGGCACUGAAUUUUUGGAGCUGCAGGAAGGACAGAGUGACGUCGUCAUCAGCCUGCAGAUCACGGGGAAUGUGCCACGUUUCAAUGCUACCUGCAAAAAAGAUGAUGGGCCCUUGCCUGAGGGUGUGGAGCUGGUUGGCAGUAACCUCACAGUGAAGGGUCCCGUGGAGCAUCAGCAUGCCGGCCUGUACGAAUGUACCUUCUCGUAUCGCCAUCUUGAAGCGAUGCUGAAGUUAAAUGUCACAGUGAAACCUCAUGUUGUACAGCCUGUUCCUCCUACUAUACAAGUUGAUUCGAAGACUGAAGAUGGACACAGAGUGAUUGAGUGCUCAGCAGUUGAUGCUGUUCCUGCAGCCAACAUGUCCUGGCUUCUACCAGAGGGUGUGUCUGGAGUCUCUUGGUUCAAUUUCACUUCUCAUAAUGGAAGCCACUCUGUCAGAGGAGUUUUACUCCUCCCUGCCUGCUCGCCUUGGGAGCUCACUGCAGAGUGUGUGAUAAAUCACCCUGCGUUUGAGGAGCCAGAGAACAGAAGCAUAACCCUCCCUCUUUGCGCUCGCCCAAACAUCACCAUCGACUCCAGCACUGAGUGGAAAGACGGUGACGAGUACACAAAGGUGGACUGCUCUGUGACCAGUGUUGCCCCUGCAGCAAACAUAACCUGGCAUGUUGGAAACAAAGACAACAGCAUCAGUUAUGUGUCAGAGACUAAAGUCCAGGCUGAUGGUUUGGUAUUGGCCUGUGGCUCUGCGUACUUCUUGUCCUCUUUGUAUUCCGGUCAGAAUGUGACCUGCAUGGUGGAGCAUCUGAGCCUGGAGGCACCAGAAAAAAGAACAAUACACAUUCUUGUGCACAAAGCCCCUGUGCUGAGUGUGUCUGUGGUGAGGCAGCAGGACUCUCCCUUCUGGCUGGCAGUGUGUGACUGCAGAGGGGAGGGUGCCGGGACGAACCUCGCCUGGGUCCUUCCCGAAAAUGCCAAAGGCCAAACAUCCCUGAACUCAGAGUAUGAAGGGCGUGUCCGCAAAGCCAGGCUGACUUAUCAGUUUCCACUGGCCCUUCAUGAGGGACAGGACCUGACCUGUGUGUAUCAGUUUGAACAUGGAGCCACAGAGAAGAAGACCAUUCGUAUUCCUAAAUACCAUAUCUCCUCCGUGAGAGUCUUAAACCACACGACUCCUCUGCAAACCCGCUACGGUGGUAAAACCAUCACACACAGACUGACUCUCCAGGAAAAUCAUCGCAACCAGAGAGUACUGCUCCGUGUCGAAGGCAACGUGCCAGAGUACGACCUCAGCUGUAAAAGAACAACAUGGCGAACCCUGUGCAAGAGGACCCGCUCCAUACGUAGAUAUAAAAGGCUCAUUUUAAGGAGAGAUGGCUCAUACGUCGGCUCAUACGUCCGAAUGGAAGGGCAUGCAAUGGUCUUCCAGUCAGAGCUCACAGAGGCGGAUGAAGGCCUGUACACCUGCCAGGCGUCCUUCUAUCACCACACAGCCACUGUCAACAUUCUCGUGGAGGUCAUGAGCAAGGACAAACAGUUUGCACUUGUGGCCAUUAUCUGCAUGUCUUCGGCCUUUGCCAUGAUCCUCAUCCUCGUCGUCACCCUCUGGGUGUGCUGCAAAGGAUGUUGCAGGAAACAACACAAACAGCGGGAGUCCCUCUCAGCGUUGACAUCUCUGAUGCAAGAGCCCGGCUCUCCUGAGGUGAAGAAGCCAGCAGUGGAGGAUGAGGACAGUAAGGAAUACGCUCAGCUGGUCAGUUACUCCAUCGUCAUUGAUGUCAAGAGUACAGUGUGAAGAUGAGACAGCUUUGGAUUCAACCUUCUGCUUUACAUUGUGCGCAAACUGGAUAUGAAGGUUUACUGAAACUGCAGCUUUAGUUCAGCAUUAGAAGUGAAAUAAUCCUGUUUACAUUCUGAAAUAUCUGUUCUUUUUAAGGUUUUUUUACUUUGAUGGAUUUGCAUUAAUGUUUUUAAACGCAUUAUUUUUGCACUUUUUCAUUUUACUUGAAUUUUGUACUGUUUUUAUGCACAUUGUAUUUUCCAGUAUUUGUCAAUAAAGUCACCACAAUUAAC